CGCCAUGUCUCUUACCGUCGCUCCUCAAACCAAGACCAUCCACAAUGCCGCAUAUCCCGCCAUUUCAGCCUCCCGCCCAGAGCUCUCCCAAAAAGGCCGCGUCGUCUACGUGACAGGAGGCUCCGCAGGCAUCGGCCUCGCCAUCUGCCACGCCUUUGCCGACGCCCAAGCCGCCACCGUCAUCCUCACCGGUCGUCGCGAAGCUGCUCUGAGCGAGGCCGUCGAUGCCCUCUCCAAGGAGCACCCAAAGACCAAGUUCAUCGGCCAGGUCCUUGACGCCGCUGAUCGUCCGGCCACGGAAAUGGCCUGGGCUCAGCUUGAGAAGGAUGGAAUUCUCGUGGAUGUCUUAGUCUUGAAUGCCGCCUUUGUGACGUACAGACAGGCAUCCCUGGUUGAGCUUCCAUAUGAUGAGGGAUGGCCUAGCUGGGUGACCAACGUUGGAGCCAACUAUGACCUUAUCCAACGGUUCUACCACCAGAAGAAUCGUUCGCUCGUCAACCUCUCAACCAUGGCUAUUCACGCCUUCGAACAAGUCAGAAUGUUCCCCGCUUACUGCGCCUCAAAGAACGCCGGCACUCUUCUCGUCCAGCUCUUCGCCCAGGACGUUUCCCCGGACGACAUGCAGGUGCUGAGCUUCCACCCAGGGGCAAUCUGGACGGACGGGGUGAAGAAGAGUGGUGUUCCCAAGGAGGCUUUCGCAUGGGAUGAUGAGACGCUUGCAUCGAAUUAUGCCGUUUGGGCGGCCUCAGACGAGGCCAAGUUCCUCCAUGGACGAUUCACAUGGGCGGCCUGGGAUGUGGAAGAGCUUCAGAGCGAAGAGUUCAAAAAGAGGCUUGAGGAGAAGCCGACGUACCUCCAGGUUGGAGUCGUUGGUCUUUCAUAA